UAUGUAUUUUUAUUUCACCGUUUGCCUUGGCAUAUGCUUGGCAUGGCAUUUUUCUUUUGUCAUAUUUUGUGGUUCCGUAAUCUAUUAGGUAUCAAAAUAAUAAAGAAAGAUUUGUGAAAUAUAAGUGAAAAACGUGUGUUUAUUAUCAUAAUUCAUAACAAACUGAAAAUGGCAGAGUCGGAAGUAGCAGAUAUAUACAUCACAAUUGAUGAUAUUAUUCCUAAAAGUCCAGAUAGACUGGCUGAAGAAAAGAAAGAGAGCGGAAAUCAUUUGUACAAGGUUAAAAAUUAUAAGGGUGCAUUGGCCAUGUAUGAAGAAGCUAUAAAGCUAUGCCCCGAAAAUGCUGCAUAUUAUGGCAACAGAGCUGCUUGUUAUAUGAUGCUUAAUAUGUAUAAGAAAGCUCUUGAAGAUGCACAGAAAGCUGUCGCCCUUGAUCCCACAUUCACCAAAGGCUACAUACGAAUGGCAAAAUGCUAUAUUGCAUUGGGUGAUAUAUCCGGAGCUGAGCAAGCCGUCAACAGCGCAAGCUCCCUCGGCGGCGCGGACUGCGCGUCCAACGAGCGCAGCGCGCUGGAGUCGCUGCGGCGCCUGCACGAGGACGCGCAGAGAGCUAUGGCCGCGCACGACUACCGCCGCGUGGUCUUCUGCAUGGACCGGUGCCUUGAAUACAGUCCCGCCAGUUCUAAAGCUAAACUUACGAAAGCCGAGUGCUUGGCUAUGCUUGGACGAUGUCAAGAAGCACAGGAGAUAGCCAACGAUUGCCUACGAUUCGAUAGUUUUGACACGGAAGCACUUUACGUGAGAGGAUUGUGCCUUUAUUUUGAGGAUAAAGAUGAGCAAGCUUUUAAGCAUUUCCAGCAAGUUCUUCGCCUUGCACCCGAUCAUACAAAGGCUAUUGCAGCAUAUAAAAAAGCUAAAUUGUUGAAACAAAAGAAAGAAGAAGGUAACGAAGCAUUCAAAAUGGGCAGAUGGCAGGAAGCCUUAACUCUUUAUAACGAAGCAUUAACUAUUGAUAAAACGAAUAAGAAAGUGAACGCUAAACUAUACUUUAACAAGGCAACAGUUUGCUCAAAAUUAAAUCAAACUAAACAAGCCGCCGAAGCAUGCACAGCGGCUCUAGCACUCAAUGAGAACUACGUGAAGGCGCUACUCAGACGCGCUAAAUGUUACACUGAACUCGGAGAGUACGAGGAGGCAGUCAAGGAUUACGAAAAACUUUACAAAAUCGACAAAAGCAAAGAAAACAAGCAAUUACUACACGAGGCCAAAAUCGCUCUUAAAAAAUCUAAACGCAAAGACUACUAUAAAAUUCUUGGAGUUGAGAAAACUGCAUCCGAUGAUGACAUCAAAAAAGCUUACAGAAAGCGCGCCCUCGUGCACCACCCGGACCGGCACGCGGGUGCCACGGAUGUGGAGAAGCGCGAACAGGAGCGACGCUUCAAGGAGGUGGGCGAGGCAUACGGCGUGCUCAGCGACCCUAAGAAGCGCGUGCGCUACGACCGCGGACAGGACUUCGACGACGACGGCUCCGGCCUGGCUGACAUGGAUCCAAACAUGGCAUUCCAGACAUACUUCAACCGCGGCGCUCAACAUUUUGACUUCGGUGCUGGAAGUGCUUUCCCGGGAUCUGCAUUCAGCUUCCAAUUCGGAUAAAUUAUGGCGUAAACACCUUUCCACAAACAAAACGAAAACUAUGGAUCUUAAAAGAAAUACUUAAUACAUCUCUAAAUCUGUCAUUCCAUAUUUAUCGAAAUUAGACUAUUGUACUUGUCAAAAUGCUUCAGAAAAGUAACAUCACUUGACCGUUAAAAAUACCAAAAUAAACCAAAAAUAAACGUAGGGUUUUUUUCUUUUGCCUUGCCUUAAUAUUAUGUUUAAGCAAUUAAUAUUAUUAGUAUAACUUUGAUUAAAACUAAUAACAGUUCUUUAAAUAAAAUUAUAUAUUACGUUAUGAUACUCACAAUUUUUCUCUUAGACUGAUUUUAAAAUUGCAUUGUUUUAUAAUACAAUAAAAUUAUAACUUGAAUAAUUACAAUAAUUACUAUGAUUGUUGUUCUAAAACACAAAUCACAAUCUCACCAUUCAUCAUUAGAUUAUAAAAUACAGUUUGCCAUAGGAACCUUUGCCAAAUAUUUAAUACAAAUGACUGCUAAGAUUUCUCCAUUAAUUGAUCACAGGAAGUAUGUAUUAGUAAAUUUUUAAUCAGUAGGUAUAGAUUAAAAUCAAAUACAAGUUAUUUCCUAACUAUAAAUAAUUUGUGGUUUUGGUGGCCUACAUAGUACCUACUCUGAAAAACGUUAUUAUGAAAAACGAGGUUAGAUUUUAGUCAGUACUCAGUAGCUAUGAAAUUGAUCUACUGGAGAUAAUCCAGCCCCCAAUUGUGUAAGAAAAACGUAUUCAUGGUUAUCGUAAUUGCUAACAAUUUCUGCCCCUUGAUUGGCUGUGAAAAAAGGUAAACAGCGAAUCAACCAACCAAAGGGCAGAAUUCGCCGUCGAUAACGAUAGCGAUGAAAACGUUUUUCUUACACAAUCGGGGGAGCUGGACUGGAUUGUUUCCAAUUUUGGCGAACUCCCGAAACAGUGCAAACUUUUAAAUACUAUGUACUACUGCAAAUAAUGAAGACGAUUCGAGACACCAUUCGUAAAGUAACUAAGGUAUUUAAUAUUUAUAACUAAAAAGUUGCAAAAUGUUUGAUAAAUUCAUAUUAAAUACAUAUUAAAUAAGGA